GCUCUGCUAUCUAUGAUUUAAUGACAAGAUUUAAAACUUUAAAGAUGUCUAAAGUUGCUUCAUGACACUUUGCAAGAGUAGGCAAUCUUGGUAAAGGUUUAAUUCAGAUUUUUUAUUUUUAUUUUUUUAUUUAUGCUUUUUGUGUCAAAACAAAAAAGAAAGACAUAUUCACAGGUGUAAAUGGUCUAUUAUCAUAGGAGAAAAGUUUGGUUAAGGAGUUAAAAUAAAAGGGGUGAAUUCCAGAAAAACAAUCCACAGUUGUUCAUUGGCUAGCUCAGUGACAGCGACCAGUAUAAAUCUCGCACCGAGCACGAGUUCUUGUUCAAAAUCAUGGCAAAGAGCGAUUAAAGGUCGAUGUUAGUGAUCGUAAUUAGUUGACAAUCAUAUUCCUGCUCAGGUGUUUGGAUGACAUUGUUAGAAAAGGUAAGUUGGAAACUUUAUCCAUUAUUAUUGUUUUAAUAUUUUCGAAAGAGCUUAUAUCUAAAACAAAUGAACACGUUAUCCAUACAACAAUGUGUGCUUAUCACGUUAUUAAUUAAGUUAAAUGGUAAAUAAACACAAUUUUAAUUCGACACACGAUGCUACGAAUAAAUUCAGAAGUCGAGACACUUAAAUUUGGGCCUCUCGAGCCGAUUACAUUGGAAGAGUCAAAUACUAUAUAGAUUCAGUCACCUAAUUUUAGUCUUAGUUAACCAAUUUAGUGCAAAAUUUGGAAAACGAUUUAAUGCUAGCCUGUCAUUAAUGCUGUCAGUCACUGACAGCCUGUCGAAAUUUACCAUCAUUUAAUAAUUAUUAUUCAUUUGUAUUUUUCACGGAGUUUUAAGAUAUUAUAUGAUUAAGUAUUUAUUUAAUAUUAAAUUUAUUCAGUUAUGCACUGUUAAAUAACGCAAUGCAGCCCAUAUGGCUAGCCAACAACAGAAAGCCAUGACAAAGCUUGGAUUUUCUUACGUUAUAUCGUUAUUUCGCACACAAUAAUUUUUUCUCUCUUGCAGUAACCCCAUUUUAUUUUUUAAACAUGGGCGACUGCUGUGAGGAUCUCUCAGAUUACGAAAUCUUGGCAGAAAUUGGCCAAGGCGCCUACGGGAAGGUGUACAAGGCCCGAGAGAGCCGUGAGCGACAGCGCCUCGUAGCGGUGAAAAGACUGAACAUCCCCGAGGACCCGGACACGGGCAUCCCUCAGUUCAUGAUAAGAGAAGUGUCACUUCUGCGAAAAAUAGAGCAUUUCAACCACCCAAACGUAGUAAAGUUACUGAAUGUAUCAGCUGGAUGGCAGAACCAGAACUUUGACCUGACGUUGGUGUUUGAGUAUAUCGACCAGGACUUGUCCACAUUUCUCACCAGAGCGUCAGAGAAGGGCCUGACCAGAGACAAAAUAAAGGAUGUUAUGCGUCAGCUUCUCAGCGGUCUUGACUUUCUCCACACUAACACUGUGAUUCACCGGGACCUGAAGCCGGACAACGUGUUAGUGAGCAGUCGAGGGGAGGUCAAGAUUGCCGACUUCGGUCUUGCCAGGAUAUACACUUACCAUAUCGCCCUCACCCCAUGUGUUGUGACUCUGUGGUACAGGGCUCCAGAGGUCCUGCUUCACUCCAGUUACAUGUCUUCAGUGGAUGUGUGGAGUGCUGGUUGUAUCUUUGCAGAGCUUUUUCUGUUGAGGCCUUUGUUUUGUGGAUACACAGAGAUCCAGCAGCUGCAAAAGAUCUUUGAGAUUAUUGGUUUACCUGGUGAAGAUGACUGGCCCAUGGAAAGCCCUGUCUGCUACAGUCCUGCCUGGGCCAAGAAAGAGUCUACAACACAACUACUCCCCAGCCUAGCCAAUGAGGAGAAUGACUUACUCAAUGUUUGACAUUCAAUCCAGCUCAUCGCAUCUCGGCCUACAGAGCUUUGGCCCACCCUUACCUGGCAGCUGAACAUUGAUGAGUGAAGAAGGCGGAGUCAAAAAUUGAGACUGGGCUCCUCCCACCCAACCAGACUGGGGUCCACCAAGAAUUUUUUUUAUUGUUUAAAUAAAACAUUUUACAGAUUUAUUUAAUCUGUAAGAUUAAAUGUCUCAAAAAUAUUACAAAAAAUUUCAUUUAUAUUUUUUAUAAUGGAAAAAACAGAGUCCAGUACUGUAUGAUCACUGAUGAAAUUGUUUGAUUUGAUUAAGUUAAAUUUAAUUGAUGAUACCAAGCAUCUAGGGGCUUUGUGUGUGGAUCUUUUCUCUUUUCAAACUUGAGGCACAAAUAUUCUUAGUGAAUGUGAACAUACUACUGAUACUCUGUGUUUAAAAAAACACUCAACAAUUAUUUGAGCUUAUUAUUUUUAGCACUUUGUUCAUACAUUUAUGGAACUUCGGAAUGAAAUGCAGCAUUAAUUGUUGCUUUAAACUUGUUUUUUUGAACUCAUGAGAACAACUUUGUAAUAAUGACAUAUGUGUGUGCAUUUCAGCACAACUGGUUGUUUAAUUUCAGUGAGUACAUUUUAUGUCAUCCAGUUAGUUUUAAUGUGCUAUUUUAAAGUUCUUUUCAAAAAGUUCUUUUUCUGCGUUGUUUUGUAAGUAAAUAAAAAAGGCCUAUAUUGAAAGUUUUUUUUUUCAAAGGCAAACAAUGUUUUGAGUUCUGAUCAAAUUGUUUGAAGUUUUGUUUUUUGUUCCUCUUUGAUGAAUUUUAUGUAAGCAUAAACUAGAGCCAACAGCGCCUGUCUGUUGUUGAAUAGAUUAAUGUUGCUUUGCUUCAACAAGCUUGGUUUUGACAUUGUUUUGACCUUUCAGUGUAAUUAACAGAAAUCUUUAAAAAAAAAAAAAAAGUUAUUGUUGUAACCUUUCAAUGUAUUUAACAAAUUGUUUUAUUUAUUUUUUAUUUUAUUUUUACAUUUGUUCAGUUUCAAUACUUAAUUUAAUGGACAUUUAAUCAUUUAGCAGCUUUAUAAGUGGCACCUCGGUAAUAAAAAUGCAACAACAUUUUUUUGCAUUGGUUCCUAAUAACACUGUCACAUUUCAUUUGAGGUAAUUUCAUCUGAAUGCAAAAGAGCCAAUAUGAAUCUCACGCUCCCUGUCCAGCUGCCCACAGUUGUGGAAAGUGACCACUGGGAGGCACUAAUGCCUCACUAAAAUCACUAAUGAAAAAGUCAUUUUUCCACUAGCACACAUGCCAUCCAUUUAAAACCGAUUUAGUUCCAAUAUAUGGUGUGAAAGCUCAUGAUUUUACACCCCACCACCCACACCACACACACCUUAAUUUUUUUUAUCUUUACCUGUUUGUGGUAGUUAUUUUGUUUACUAAGUAGUAUGCUUAGUUCAGCCCUUUAAUAAGCAGAGUGACCCCUUAAAAUGGA